AUGUCGUGCGACGGCGACGAGGAAGAGCGCCCCGUCCUCGGCGGUGUUACCUCGACGCUGCCGCCUCAGGUGAAAGUGAAAAUCGAAUCCCCCGACGAGGUCGAUGUGAAGAUGGGGCCAUUCCAUCCCGACUCCGACGAGGUGAUUAUGAAGGUCGAGGCCCACGGUGGGAUCGAGGUCAAGAGGGAGCGAACCCAUGCCGACCACGGCGAGGUGAAGGUUGAAGCCGCCGGCGAGGUCGAGGCAAAGAGGGAGCCAAUCGAUGCGGACUCCGACAAGGUGAAGCUUGAAUCUCCCGCCGUGGUCGAGGCCAAGAUCAAGAGGGAGCCAAUCGAUGCCGACAUCAAGCAUGGCCGGGUCAAGAAGGAGGAGCAACCCGACGAGAUCAAGGUCCCGGUAAAGGAGGAACGACGCAAAACUGCGUCGCCGCGCCAUGUAAAGGAGGAAGAGGAGGAUGACUCUAGUGAAGACGAGGUGGAGAUCAUUGACCCCCCGCCGAAGUCCAAGAAGAGAAACCGCGGAGACGAGGACGACGUAGUCUUCAUCGAUCUCACGACGUCCCGCCCGGCGCCUUACCUGAACCCAAAGCCCAUCCGGGCAAUGCCGCCGGCGGGGGCCACGCCAGUGAGCGAUUGGAAGAUGGUUGUGGCGCCGCAGCCGGCGGAGCUGGACGAGUACCCACCGGACCACCGCGAAUGGGUCUUCUUCACAAAGUCCUAUGCCACCGGGCUGUCCACUUGUCGCGGGAGGAAGUGGCUGGACGCCGGCGAGGUCGUCCACUUCGCCUUCCCUUCGCACGAAGGCAGGAUCAGGGUGUCGUACAGGCAGGCGGUGGCGCUGGCAGAGAUCGUGCGCUUCUCGACAAACCGAGCUGGAGAGAUCGGGAAGUUGUCUCCGGAGUGGGCGAGGUGCCUUGCCCCGCUGGUGAGUUCUUCCAAGGUUAUGAUCCAGGGGAAGAUGGUGUUUCCGAUGAUGGAGCUCAGGCUGAUGCAGGAGGUGUUGCUGUAUGUCAGCUUCUACAUCCACCGCUCGUCCUUGUACCUGAUUUCUCCUAAAAAUGAAUGUCAUCCAAACAAUCCCCUCCGCGGCCUCUUCAAGUUGCUUCGGCGAUUCGGCGUAGCUGAAGCCUGAAACCCGAAGCUCCCGACGAGGCGUUUGGGUCAACAUGGAGCGACAUACACUGACUUGCUUACGGUAGCGUCAAGAUCUCGUUAGAAUGUCAGGAUCUCGUUAGUGUACCAUUGCGUCGGGUAAUUUUGGUAAUGUAAUGGGGGAGCUAGCUUAGCUUG